CGCGCUGCUGCACCGAACGGGUCCCGUACGAACCGGAGCUGAACUGAAGCGUCUCUCUCUCGCGCAGCGUGCACGGAAACUCAUCUGGACUCACGGAACUCUCGUGCUGCGCUCGUGGACUUUGUGGAUUUACGCGCUCAGAACUUUGAAGGAAAAGCAGACUUUAGAUUUAGUGACUUGAGAAUUACCGUUUAACAUUUCUGACUUUACAAUUAGCGAGCGAAAGAAACACGAACUUUGUGAUCAACGUCAUGGAGCCCACCGCGGAAUACCCCGACAGCUACGAGUACUACGACGACAACGAGACUGCGUGCGACUUCUCGGAGUGGGAGCCGUCCUACUCGCUGAUCCCCGUGCUGUACAUGCUCAUCUUCAUCCUCGGGCUCUCCGGUAACGGCCUGGUCAUCUUCACCGUGUGGCGAGCCAAAGCCAAGCGGCGCGCGGCCGACGUGUACAUCGGUAACCUGGCCCUCGCGGACCUGACGUUCGUGAUCACGCUGCCGCUGUGGGCGGUGUACACCGCGCUGGGCUACCACUGGCCGUUCGGAGUGGCUCUGUGCAAGAUCAGCAGCUACGUGGUGCUGGUCAACAUGUACGCCAGCGUCUUCUGCCUCACCUGCCUGAGCUUCGACCGCUACCUGGCCAUCGUCCACUCCCUGUCCAGCGGGCACCUGCGCUCGCGCGACUCCAUCAUGGCGUCGCUGGGCGGCAUCUGGCUGCUGUCGGGCGUGCUGGCGCUGCCCACGCUGCUCUUCCGCACCACGCUGGAGGACGAGAGCAGCAACCGCACCACCUGUGCCAUGGACUUCAGCCUGGUGGCGCCCAACCAGCGGCACGAGUCUCUGUGGAUCGCCGGGCUCAGCCUGUCCUCCUCGGCGCUGGGCUUCCUGCUUCCCUUCGUUGCCAUGACGGUGUGCUACUGCUUCAUCGGCGGCACGGUGACUCGGCACUUCAGCGCGCUGCGUAAGGAGGAGCAGAAGCGGCGGCGGCUGCUCAAGAUCAUCAGCACGCUCGUGGUCGUGUUCGCCCUCUGCUGGACGCCCUUCCACGUGCUCAAGAGCGCCGACGCGCUCUCCUACCUGGACCUGGCGCCCACUUCCUGUGCCUUCCUGCACUUCCUGCUGCUGGCCCACCCCUACGCCACCUGCCUGGCCUACGUCAACUCCUGCCUCAACCCGCUGCUCUACGCCUUCUUCGACCUGCGCUUCCGCUCGCACUGCCUCUGCCUGCUCAGCCUCAAGCGCGCCGUGCACGGACACAUCAGCUCCGCAUCCUCCACGCUCAGCGCCCAGACGCAGAAGAGCGACGUGCAGUCCCUCGCCACCAAGGUCUGAGUGUGUGUGUGUGUGUGUGUGUGUGUGUGUGUGUGUGUGUGUGUGUGUGUGUGUGUGUGUGUGACGCAGAAGAGCGACGUCCAGUCCCUCGCCAUCAAGGUCUGACCGCUGCGUUGACCACACGCAGAAGAGCACUGUGAUGAGGAG